AUGUCGACUGGUCACUUCACUUUCAAGUGGAAUGAUCCAACAGGGGAGGUUCAGGAGGUCUAUGUCACCGGAACCUUCGAUGCCUGGGGAAAGAGCACCCCACUUGCUAGGGAAGGAGAUGCUUUCGUUGCGAGGGUUGAGCUUCCGCUCGAGAAGCACCAGUACAAAUUUGUUGUCGACAACGAAUGGGUCAUCGAUCCAGACGCACGCAAGGAAUUCGAGGACGGUAUCGAAAACAAUAUCUUGAUCCAGGAGGACUUCGAGGGUCACGAGAAACCAGCCGCUACCGAGGAGGCCGAGGAUGAGAAGGAUGAGAACGAGAAGGAUGAGACCGAAACUGAGGCUAAGGCUGAGACCGCAGCGGAGAAGCCUGAGGUCUCAGAGGUAGAGAAUGCCGAUGAGACGGAAGAGAAGGAGGGCAAGGAUGACGGAGAGGAAGGCAGUGAUUCCGAGUCCUCUGGAAGUGGGGAGGAUGCCGAUGAAGAGGAGGAGGACGCGGAGGCAGAGCCAGUUGGCGAGCGAGCCCCCGACCUUGAUAACUACGACCUCGCAUCCUCCGAGUCCUCGUUCGAGAGUGAUGUACCCGAGCCCAACGACGUUGACGCUUCAGCCGUUCUUGUUAAUGCCGCCGAUGCCACUUCAGACGCCGGCGAAGAGACCACAGAAACCAAAGACAUCACCGAAUCCACCAAAGACGCUUCUGAAGCUACGAAGGACACUGCCGAGGCUGCUAAGGAGACUUCCGACAAUGAAGAGGAGAGCAGCGAUGACGAGGAUGGGACUGCCCAGAAGUCUGAAAAUGACCUCGAGCUUGGUGAGGAUGCUGCUGUUACUUGGGUUGCACCCGAAGGGGGUGUUAAUCUUGAAGCCCAUGCUGCGGAGAUCCCCAAGGAGAACCCCCCUACUUUCGCCGAAGUUGUAGCUGAGGGUGUUGUCGAGCCCAAAGUUGAGGAGGUCACCGAGACCGAGUCAGAAACUACGGCCCAGCCUGAAACUGCAGCCGAGCCUGAAAGCACACUUGAACCCCCAGCUGUGGCCGAACCUGCACCCAAAGCUGCCGACGAGAGUCCACUCGAGCCAGAGAUCGUCGAGACACCCAGCAUCAACGAGAGUGCCGAUACCGAAGUCAACGACUUGACCUCCACAGUAUCGCCUCUAGCCACAACUGCUUCACUAGCAGCUCAGGUCCCCAAAGAGAACCCCCCCUCAUUCGCUGACGUGGUCAAAGAUUCCACCAUUUCUUCAGCCUCGCCCGAUUCGUCCACCGCCGCUUUGGCUGCCGCUGUUCCGAAGGAGGUCAAGUCUAAGGAUACUCCCGCUGAAUGCCCUUACAACGCCGAUGGGACGCCUAAGGCUGCUCCGGUCCCCAAAGACACUCCCGCAGAGUGCCCUUACAACGGCGACGGAACCCCCAAGGCCCUUCCUGUACCCAAGGAAACCCCCGCCGAGUGCCCAUACAACUCUGAUCGCACUCCUAAGGCUACACCAAUCCCUAAGGAGACCCCCGACGCAUGCCCCUAUAACCCUGACGGUACGCCAAAGACCGCCGACCCCGCCCCAAUCCCGAAGGAGACUCCCGCGGCUUGCCCGUACAAUGCAGACGGCACGCCGAAAGCUGUCCCAAUUCCUAAAGAGACCCCCGCAGCAUGCCCAUACAACCCUGACGGCACACCUAAGGCUGCGCCAAUUCCAAAAGAAACUCCUGCCGAGUGCCCCUACAAUGCCGACGGUACUCCGAAGGCCGCCCCUAUCCCUAAGGAGACACCUGCGGCGUGUCCAUUCAACACUGAUGGAACCCCGAAAAAGACCUCACCUGCAGCUAAACCGGAAUCAUCCGGCACAUCUCUUGACUUCUUCAAGAGCAAGCCGACAGUUGUCGUAGGACUGGUCACAAUUAUCGGAUUUGUCCUUACAAGGAAAUACCUUUUCGGCAAAAGCCGUUAA